AUGACUGUCCUCAACCUGACUCCGCUACCGGCGGACGAGAUCUUCGCCCUCAACCGCGAAUACGCCAACGACACUUUCCCCGACAAAGUCAGUCUUGGUGUCGGUGUCUACCGCACUGACGAUGGCAAGCCCUGGCCAUUGCCCUCCGUCCGCAAGGCCGAGCAGCAAUUGCUCGCCGAAGACAGCCCCUUCCGCCACGAAUACACCGCAAUUGAAGGCGACAUCCCGUUCCUCGAGCUGGCUCGGGACCUGAUGUUCGGCUUCGACUCCAAGAACCUGUGUGAGGAGCACAAGGCCCUGAAAGCCCGCAUUGGCUCCGUCCAGUCCGUCGCCGGCACUGGCGCCAACCACCUGGGUGCUCUCUUCCUCGCUCACAAGAUGAAGCCCAAGACCGUCUGGCUCUCCGACCCCUCCUGGGCCAACCACGUCACCAUCUGGGACCUCGUCGGCGUCCCCCGCAAGACCUACCCCUACUACAAGCCCGAGACCCGCUCUUUCGACUUCGAGGGCAUGAUGUCCACCCUGGAAUCCGACGCCCAGGAAGGCGACGUGAUCCUUCUGCACGCCUGCGCGCACAACCCCACCGGUCUCGACCCCUCCAAGGAGCAAUGGAAGGCCAUUGCCGAGAUCUGUGAGCGCAAGAAGAUCUUCCCUUUCUUCGACUCCGCCUACCAGGGUUUCGCCUCCGGAUCCGCCGACGAGGACGCCUGGGCCGUGCGCUACUUCCUCAACGAGAAGCCCCAUAUGGAGAUGUGCGUUGCGCAGUCCUUCUCCAAGAACUUCGGUCUCUACGGCCAGCGUGUCGGCGCUUUCCACUACGUCGUCGCAGAGGGUUCCCAGGACCUCCGCGAUCUCGUCGUCAACAACCUCUGCCACUUCAUCCGCGGCGAGUUCUCCAUGGGUCCUACUGGCGGUUGCUCCAUCGUCAAGAAGGUCUUGACCAACGAUGCCCUCACCACGCAAUGGCACGAUGAUCUCAAGGUCAUGAGCUCCCGUAUCAAGGCCAUGCGCGCUGCUCUGUACGAUGAGCUCGUCCGUCUCGAGACCCCCGGAACCUGGAAGCACAUCGUUGAACAGAACGGCAUGUUCUCCUACACCGGCCUCACCCCUACCCAGGUCCAAGCCCUGAAGGAGAAAUACCACGUCUACCUCAUCAAAUCCGGCAGAGCUUCCAUCAGCGGCCUGAGCCAGAAGAACGUCGCCUACGUCGCGAAAGCUUUCGAUGACAUUGUCCGCAACGUCAAAUAA